UCAUUUCCAUAUUACUUACAACAACAACCAAAAUGGCGUCUGUCAAAAUUUGUGACAGAAUUUCGACUGGAAAUGGAAGCAGAAAAGAGCUUAUAGGAGUAAUGUUUGACCAAGAUGUGAAAAAAUUUAAAGAGCAGAUAGCGUCAGACUUAAAAAUUGCUGAAAAUGUUUUUGAUAUUAUAUAUUGUGGCCAAUGUUUGAAGGAAGGUGUGAGUUUAGAGUCCAGUGGUGUACAUCAAGGGUCAACAGUUCAUGUUGUCUCCAAACCAGUUCAGAAUCAAAGCUCACCUGAAAAAGGUGAGAUAGCCAAUUCUGAAGUAAAACAGUUACUGGGUCUACUGCAAUCAACACUGAAGAGUCCUGCUUAUAAGUCAACAGUAGAGAGUAUAGUGAACUCCCCAGAAAAACUUCAUGAUAUUGUGAAAGAUGUUCCUGGAUUAGACAACUACCCAUCAACAUUCACUUUGUUCAUGGAUCAUGAUUUAAUGACUGUACUUGCACAUCCCGGAAAUAUAAGAAGAGUUAUCGAGGCACAUCCAUGUUUUCCUAAAGUAGCGAAGAAGAUAGUAGAGGCUGUGAAGGCUGCAGAUAGUAGCGGAGAGUUUACACACAGCACAACAGGGGCGUACUCCCUAGAUCAGAUGUCCGACGAUGAUGAGGAGAUGCCAGGACCAAGUACUGCACAAGCAAUCACAUCAUCUCAGUUGGCAGCUGCUCUUGCUGCUGCUACAGGGGGAACAACACAGGGUAACCAGAGUGAACCUAUCGGAGGAGGUGGCGGGGUCAUCUCACCAGAUUUCUUUCAACAAGCAAUAAUGGCCGCUCAGAGAGAUCCGCUAUCUGUAAGUACUGUUUCUUGCCUCAUGUCAAAUUAAAUUGAGUGAAUCAAUAGUUUAAAC